AUGGAAGAGAAAAUCAUGAAGAUGGCGAUGAACUCGUCAACAUACGAGAAUCAAUAUAAACAAGGUGAUGCUCUUGUCAAGUUAGGCAAACCAGAUGCUGCUCUUCAAAAGUUCAAGAGUGUUUGUGAAAAUCUUGAAGUUCUAAUGAAAGCAAAUCCAGCAGCAAGAAUAGAAUCCCAUUUAAUUCCAAUGUCACUUACAAAAAUGGCUGAUAUUUACAAAGAUAAGAAAGACGUUAAUAAGGCUCUUGCAUUAAUGAAGAAUGCACGUCAUUUCCUUGAAUACAUGUGUGCAAAUAAGCCAAACCGCGAAGAUGAGGACUCUGAUGAAGCAGAUAACGCAGAACAUUAUACUCUUGGUGCAUUAUUCGUUGAGAUGCACAAAGCAUUUGAUAUGGAAGAUGCCACACCACCAUCAGAUGCAGAAGAGAUCACUCGUAUCUUCUUGGAAGCCAAGAAAAAACAUGAGGAAGAAACUGCCCGUAAAAACAUCGAAAAGCUAAAGGCAAUCAACGAAGCUCGUAAGGAAAAGUUACGUAAUUCCCGUUGGGCAAGAUUCGUCGAAUUAGUUAAUGAUCACCCAAUUGCUUUCGCUAUUGGCUCUGUUGUCUUCUUAAGUGUCUUCUUGAUCAUUUCUCUUAUGAUGUUUACUAUCGAACCACCCGUAAACGUAUUCGAUCAAAAACGCUCUAAAUACGAAAAGAAUUUACCACCUGACUACGUUCCCCCGGGCCAAAGACAUGGACAUACUCAUAACCAUGAGCAUGAAAAAGCUAGUGCCGAGAGAUCUAAAGCAGAACAGGAAAGAUUAAAGAAGAUGAUGGAAGAUUUGAGUAAAUACGUGGAUAAAGAGGAUCUGAAACAGAACCCAAUGGAUGAUCAGGCUAAGCAAGAACUUUAA